UAAAAAAAAAGUGUUUUAAAAAAAGAAAGUAAAGGACAGAGUGUUUUACUGAAAACAAACAAAACAAAAAAAUAAUAAUAGAAAAACCGAGUUUUACUUACUUCCGGUUGUUUGGCGUACUAUUUCCGGUAUCGUGUCAACAAAUCCUGCAUGUGAUCUGUCAUCAUUCCUUUCCCACAAUGAGCUCUGGAAAGCCGAACAUUCACGAGAAAGUGCUGCAGUAUGAAUCCUUCAUCAAUGAUGUUCUGAAGAGAGAUUUGCAGAAGGUUCUAGAGCAAAGAGAUGGUGUGUAUGAGAAAAUCUCCCAGUACCUUCAGCUGAAGAAUACAAUCAAAAGCAUCCAGGAAACCGGCAGCAAAGAGCUGAAGACGGAUGUUGAUCUCGGCUGUAACUUCUACGUCCAGGCUCACGUACCGGACACUUCCAGAAUCUUCGUUGCGGUCGGAUACGGAUUUUUCCUGGAACUGACUCUUUCAGAAGCGCUGACCUUCAUCGAGAAGAAAACCGGGCAGCUUACAGAGUACAGCGAUGUUCUAAGCAAAGACGCGGCGAAGAUCAAAGCGCACAUCCGCAUGGUUCUGGAGGGUCUGAGGGAGCUACAGGGUCUGAAGGAUCUUCCAGAGACGACGAGGCAGGAGGUGUUUUGAGUACAUGAUGAUGGUGAUGGUGGCAGCAGAGGCACGGCUGCAGAAGCUUCUGUACUGUAAAGUGGUGUGUGUGUGUGUGUGUGUGUGUGUAUUUUAACAGGUUUUACUGUUACAGUCGAAUAAAGUGUGUUGUGAUCUGAA